AUGCCUGGCGACGACGACUUGAUCGAGGCCGCUAAGUCGACUGCCAUCGACUACUAUGAAUUGCUAGGCAUUACCUUUGAAAACUCAAGCGAGUCGGAUAUUCGACGUGCAUACCGUCGCACAGCUCUGAAAUACCAUCCGGACAAAAACGCCGACAAACCAGAUAUUGUCGAGAAAUUUCAUCUCUUACAAAUCGCGAACGACGUUCUAUCCAGUCCCGAAUACAAAGCUAUCUACGACAAUGCCCGCCGCGCCAAACAAGAAAGAGAAGAGCGCCACCAGGCUUUUGAGGGAAGGCGUCGACAGAUGAAAGAAGAUCUUGAAAAUCGUGAGAAUGCUAGUCUGAAGAGAAAACACCAGGAAGAGGAAGAGGGCGACAAGUUACAGCGCGAAAUUCAACGUUUGGCUGCUGACGGCAAGAGACGACGUCUCGAGAGGCAAGAGCAGCUGAACCGCGAGAGACUGGAAGAAGAGGAACGUCUCGAUCGUGAAAGAAACGGAUACAUGUCACCACAAACUCAAACCCAAACUACACAAGGUGGUACUGGCGUCGCUGAUAUCGACCGCUCUAUCAAGGUCGUCUGGUCCCAGGAAAGCGAGGCUAUUGACAAGGAGCGCUUAACCUCCAUCUUCGCCUCGUUUGGCAAACUGCAAGAUGUGGUCAUACUCAAACCCAAGAAGAAGCGCCUGGGAGAAAGCAAAUCGAAAAAUUUGGUCUCGAGUGCUCUCAUAGUCUACGAAUCGGUCGUGGGCGCCCAUGCUGCAGUCUCGGACUUCAAGAAACGUCAGUCAGAACCAGAUUUCAAAAUGAUCGACACAGUCUAUUGGGCAUCAAACAAGGAGCCUGACUUUUUGCAACGUCCGUCAACUCCAGUGUCCGCCUCACCAACCGAGCCAAAGUCAACAACGCGACCCAUACAUGAAAUACCUGGCAUGAAUUCACCUAUCACUCCGCUCAAACAGGCAGGAGGUGGCUUGCGCAAGGUUCCUUCCUUUGCUUCCUUCAGUAGUGCCAAGAAUUCGCCGGUCGCUCCUGCCGCGUCGAGCCUUAGUCUAGAAGAGCUCACUAUGAUAAGGCUGAAGAAUGCUGAGAAGCGUCGACUCGAGGAACAGAUUCGCAAGCAGGAAGCCGAGGAUGACUCAUGA